UUCGCGCCUGAUACUAACCACAAGUGUCCCCACUAGGUUGUGAAAUACAAGCAGAGUGGGCAAUCGGAAAACCCAUUCGACUCUUCCCGUCAUGCCUAGAAAAGAGUUAUCCUAGAAAAGCAAAGAGUCAUGCCUCUAAGAGUCAUCUCUCAAAAAGUCAUCUCUAGAAAAGAGUCAUGCCUAGAAAAGCGUUAUUCUGUUGAAUGGUCCGAGGGUUCCCGAUUGGCAGAGUGGGACACAUACGAUACGGUUCGAUACGAUACAAUGGGUUGACCUAGGUUGACCCCUGGUCGACUCGUGACGUCGAUGGAGUUUAUACAAGAGUAGUGGCAGAUCGCAGUGUGAACGUGUUGUUAUUCAUUGUCGAUGUUAUAUAAUUUUAUCCGUGCAUGCCUCAAAAUUAAACGAGUUUUCUUCAUUGGCUGAGAUCACCGCUGACCGUAUGGUACUUCGAAUAUGUAUGUAAUGGGAGCUGUGAACAGUUCAUUGGCAGAACCGAUCACAGUAUCCAGCAUCCAGGAGAUCCUGUUUCACCAUGCAGGCACGCUGAAGCGGUUAGCGACGCUCACAUACGAAGACUUCCUCGGGAGUGUAGAAGAACUGAACAAAAUAACGCUGCAUCUGUAUGAACCAAAUGGCAAAAAGCUUUGCUUUGCCGUUAAGAACGGAACAGACGAUUCAGUUUUAUGGAAAGGCACCGUACGAAUUCGCUGCGUUAAGAUGAAUGGCAGCACUGUAGAGUCUAGUCGUCUGUUGAACCUGCGACAGUUUGUCAACUUCUACAACGUCAUCAAGCAGCACGCCGCUACACUGGCGCCCCCUAUCUCUGCCGCGUCGAGCGUGGACUUUGAUGACCUGGGAGCGUGCGCCGGCGGCUCCGGAAUCUGUGACGGACUCGAGGCUUCCGUGCUUCUCCAGAAGCUUGCGUGCGGCGGCGCGGCGGACGACGUAGGCGAGGAGUGCUGCAUAUGUAUGGACCGCAAGCCGGACGUCCUGCUGCCCUGCACACAUCACUACUGCCAGCUGUGCAUAGAGCAGUGGAACGUGACAAGUAAGACCUGCCCCAUAUGUAGGCAUCGGGUGAACAGUGCCAAGGACUCGUGGGUCAUCACUGAGGUUCCGGAUUCACACAAAAUGCAAGACGAGUUGCGAGACUACAUGAUGACCAUCACGGACAGCGGCACGACUUAACGCAGCGUGUGGAUCACAGUGAUUGUAGAUACUAGCUGCCAUGUCACAUAGCAGCCACGUUAAACAAUGAACAAUUAAACAAUGAAUAUAGCCACACGGCUAGGUCGAGUGUAGUAUUGUGUAGUGACCCGAGAAGAAGAAGAAGCCAUUACUGCACUGUUCACUUGUUAAAGUCGAGUGAACAUAGCCAUUACUGUACAGUUCAUGGUAGAGAACGGUUGCUGGAGUAGAGAGAACAUGCCUAAUGCUUUACAGUUCAGAGAGAACAGCCUUACCAGAAUGUGUGUACGUAAUACCGGCCAUAGCGUUGAACCCUUUCGAGUAGUUAAUUAUUCCGAGUAAAAUUUAAUACAGAUGAGUAUCAGCUAUUGAGCAUGGAUGUAUCCAAUCAAACAUAUAUAUGGAUAUAUGGAUUCUUUCAUUCUAGCACUACAAACAGCAUUAAAUAAUCAGGUGGUUCACUGUCUUCUGAUUUGUAAAUUUCAUUCAAAAACGUACAGUUGUCGUUAUUUAGGCUAUUUAAAUAUAAAUGUUAAUAGCUAAUAUUAAAUGCUAUUGUACAAGCGGAGAAUAUAAACUGUAUAAAAGGUUAGUGUAGGUGUUUUACUUAGGUGAAUCGGUUUAUGUACCAAAUGUCAAAUACUAGUUGACUCAGUGAGGAGUUUGUUGAUUAUUAUGUGAAUUGAUGCAAAAUUAAGAGUGAGUUUCUGUACAUAAUGUAAACAUGUUUUCAACCUGCUAUGUAAUUGUUUAAAAAGUGGUGUAAAUAUAUUUUUUAAAUGUGAAACAUCGUGUAACUGUAAUGGUCAUAGAAGUGCUACAUGGAAUAUCUCUCGGAUAGGUUAGCUGGGAGGGCGUUGUUAUCUGCAGGGCUUGUUCAAACAUUGUUUUUCUUCAAGGAAUAUAUUAUUUCUUGUUUGUGCUUGUUCUCAACGUGUCUUUAGCUGGCUGAGAUAUAUGCGUAAUAGUUUAAUGGACUGUUAAUGGUGGACCAUGUGGGCAUUGAUAGCUCAUGUAUUUAAUUCAUGCUGUAAAUGACAGUCAUUUCACUGGAA